CAAUUGCUGCAAAUUAAUUGUAAAUUUAGUUUAAAAAUUCAUGGUAGUUAGUUGGAAGGUAAGUUUAAGUGUUAGACUGUUACAAACAGUUCUUAUUUGGAGAUCAAACAUAACGGUUGUCCUAAGGAUUGCAAACGGAACGUGUAAUAUAAAAACGAAAUUUUUUUACAUUAAUAAAAUGAGAUUAAUUUAUGGACAAUUGUUGCUGGGGCUGUUGGUAGCUAACAGUGCUGUAACGUGGGCUCAAUCAAUGCCUGCUUUAGUGGAGGAACGCGAUAAGAGAGCUGUUACUGUGGAUUUUGGGCAAUUUGUGCGUAAUUUGUUAUUGAAAAGUGCGGCAGCUAGUGAGACGAAGGCUAAUAUUUCACGUACAGUGGCUAAUUACAAAGUAAGUACACCAGCACCUAGAAGACCUACUACAGCUAGAACUACCACUACUGCAACAACUACCACCACUACCCCAGCAGCGCCGGUGGCUGUACCCAUACCUUUCUUUUUCAAUAAAAACGAUUUCUUUAAGUUUCCUUUCGAUUUGAGUGGACCAAUUAAUAAUAAAUUCAAUUACAAUGGUGGUGGUUAUAUUAAUUUCGACUACGAUGAUUUUGUGGGUCCAGCAGCAGUACGUCCCGGACGCCGACGAAGACCCACUACCACCAGCACAACAACGACUACCACCACCACUACUACCAUGGCACCAACAACAACAGCUGCUCCCGCACCUGCACCAACAGCAGCUCCAUUGCCACCUAGAAGAAUACCUGUACCUCGCAGACCUUUUGGUUUAUUGGCCAAACAAAAAGUUCCCUAUUAUGAUUAUUACAAUGAUUAUGAUUAUAAUUAUGAUGAUAGCGAUGUCAAUCCAGCACCAGCAACUGCUGCCCCCACUCCAGCAGCAACUGCCCCGGCCCCAGUUCCCGCCAGUUCUCCUGCUCCCAGAGCCCAAAAACUGCCAGCUCAAGCUCGUGUAUCAGGACGUAUACCUCAGCUGCGUCAUCGUUUGGUAUAUCAGUACCGGCAACCAGAUGAUAUCUCUAUCAAUAAGGCCGCCGCUAACCCAGCACCAGCUCCAGCAACAACAACAACAGCAGCACCUCCACCAGCAGAAGAUAAUAGCACUAACGAUGCAGAAGAAGUUCCAGCAGAAUCUGCACCAACUACCAAUGACUAUACAGACUAUACAGAUAACACUGGACAGGACUAUAAUGAUGCUACCGAUAAUGCCAAUGCUGAUCCAAAUGCUCAACCCAAUACUCUACUCAAUGUUGAUCCCAAUGUGGCACCCAAUUUUGAACCUAAUGUUACUCCGAAUGCUGCUAAUGUUCCUAAUGUUGAUCCCACUGUGGCUCCCAAUAAUGAUGCUGCUGCUCCUCUUGCCGACCCCAUAGCUGAUCCCCUGGCUAAUCCUAAUGCUGAUCUGAGCUUUAAUAAUGAUAUUGGUAAUAUUAAUGUACCCGCUAAUUAUGAUUUUAAUGCUGCUGCCCCCUAUCACGAUCAAUUUGCCCCUAAUCUUAAUGAUCCCUCUGGUAUUGGUAAUUUUAUACCCCCUACACAAGAUUUUCCAUUUAAUCCACAACAAGACUUUAAUUCUCAAUAUCCCCUUAAUACCGCCACACAUUAUUCUGUGCGCUAUUAUUGAAAUUUUUAAUUUGAUUUUUUUUUCUUUAAAAUUGUUUAAUUAAUGUACAAUUUCUGUCAUUUUGCAUUUUUUUAUUUUUUAUCUUAAUUUAGUUUUAAAUAUGUUUUAUAUUAUAACGUUUAAAAUAAAUAAUUAGUUAUUAAUAAAUAUAAUAAUAUGGAAAACAUAAUAACAACAACUUUUAAAACGUAAUGGGGUUGAAGGUCCAAAAAUGACCUUUCAAAGUUCUGUAUACUAUUUUCAUUGUUAAUAAAAAUGAUUUUGAAAUCUUUAAUAAACUUUAAAUUUUAAAAUAAA